UGUGUUGACUUCCGGUAUGGACGGUCCGGAUUUUCUGGUUCCUCGGUGACUUGUGGGAGUGGACUGUGUGCCGCGCACGUCCUCCGUGUUUCUGGGCGCAGUUCACCGCCGCGGUGCGCAACUGUUGGUGUGCAAUGAUUGGAAGGCCGACCGCCAACGGCGAAGCGUGUCACGGAGUGAGGAACGGCCUGAAGCCGGAGAGGAACGGCUUGGUGAGGUGUCUCCACUACUGCCAGCCGGCGGAUGAGGUUAAAGAGGCAUUGUGUCAUGGCUACUACAAUAGUCCCUUUGAGGAAUCUUUUGAGGAGACUCCCAUGUUGGUGGCAGUGCUCACCUACAUGGGCUAUGGCAUUCUCACCAUCUUCGGCUACUUCCGUGACUUUCUACGUCACUGGAAGAUUGAAAAAUGCCACAUUGCCAGAGAGAAGGAGGAACAACAGGACUUUGUGCCACUCUACCAGGAUUUUGAGAACUUCUACACCAGAAACCUUUACAUGCGGAUCAGGGACAACUGGAACCGACCCAUAUGCAGUUCCCCGGGGGCUAAAAUGGACCUGCUAGAACGGACGUCUCAUGACUACAACUGGACUUUUGACUACACAGGUCGGAUAAUCCAGGAUGUGAUUAACUUGGGUUCUUAUAAUUACCUUGGGUUUGCUGAGAAUACCGGCCCAUGUGCCAGCGCUGCUGCAGAGGUCACCAUGAAGUACGGCAUCGGAGUUGCAAGCACCAGACAGGAGAUCGGUAACCUGGACAGACAUGAGGAGCUGGAAAAACUAGUGGCCAGGUUCCUAGGUGUGGAAUCAGCAAUGGCCUUUGGAAUGGGUUUUGCCACCAACUCCAUGAACAUACCAGCGCUGAUUGGCAAAGGUUGUCUGAUUCUGAGUGACGAGCUGAACCACGCAUCUCUGGUCCUGGGAGCCAGACUGUCCGGUUCCACUGUCAGAGUCUUCAAACACAACAAUAUGCAGAGUCUUGAGAAACACUUGAGAGAAGCCAUAGUUCACGGCCAGCCAAGGACACACAGACCAUGGAAGAAGAUCCUCAUAUUGGUCGAGGGCAUUUACAGCAUGGAGGGCAGUAUAGUACGGCUGCCAGAAGUGAUCGCCCUAAAGAAACGCUACCGAGCCUACCUUUACCUCGACGAGGCCCACAGCAUCGGGGCCCUGGGACCCAGGGGAAGAGGUGUGGUCGACUACUUUGGCCUAGAUCCCAACGACGUGGAUGUCUUGAUGGGUACCUUUACAAAGAGCUUUGGUGCUGCAGGAGGAUACAUCGCAGGGAAAAGGGAGCUUAUCGAGUACCUGCGCUCCCAUUCCCACAGUGCUGUCUACGCCAUCUCCAUGUCUCCUCCAGUGGUGGAGCAAAUCAUCACUUCUAUGAAGUGCAUCAUGGGAGAGGACGGCACUACAAUAGGCUGUGAACGUGUGCAGCAGCUGGCAGAGAACACAGUCUAUUUCCGAAAGAGACUUCAAGAAAUGGGCUUCAUCAUCUACGGUAAUAAGGAUUCUCCUGUCGUACCCAUGAUGCUCUACAUGCCUGCCAAGAUAGGAGCGUUUGGCAGGGAGAUGUUGAAGAGGAACAUCGGGGUGGUGGUUGUGGGCUUUCCCGCUACUCCCAUCAUUGAGUCUCGUGCACGCUUCUGCAUCUCGGCCGCUCACACUAAACCUGUGCUUGACAGGGCGCUGAGUGUCAUCAGCGAAGUCGGCGAUCUUCUUCAGCUCAAAUAUUCGCGUCACAGAUUACGGCCGUCUUCAGUUCAACCGUUUGACGAUAUUGCAUAUGAAGAUAUUGACGACAACUGAGCC